AUGGCGGACCUCAGGCUAGUAGGGUGCAAAAUCUACAGUGUCUGGGGCACGUUAUUGUUCGUAUUAUUGUUUUAUGCUUCAGAAGUUAGAGCUUUGCUGUGCUACUGCCACCCUUGCUACAACUCAGACACAAAUGGGACGUGUAAGACAUCAGAUACUGGAGCUUGCUAUGCAUCAAAGUCACUGUCAUCCAUUGAUGAGAAUGAGGAACUGGAGACCUUGACCUGGGGAUGUUUUGAACCAGUUGAAGAGAUCCUUUUACAGUGCACACCUUCAAAUGUGCCGCAUAAAUGGGUGACCAAGUGUUGUAAAGAAGGAGAGUUGUGCAACCUCUAUCUGAAUCUGACCUUAGCGGAGCUGGACUUGGAUCUCCCAGAUGAUGGCACAUCAGACCGUGAGCAGAGAGCUGAAAGUGUGUCGAAACUUGCACUGCUGAUUUCUAUCGUUUCAGUCACGGUUUUUCUCAUUGUUCUUCUGGUAGCCAUCGCAUUUAUUUACUUCAGAUACAAGAGACAGGAGCUCCGGAGAAGGCAGCUGUUGGUGGACUCUGAACAUGAAACUUUUAUCCCCCCAGGCCAGUCCCUGCACCACUUGAUAGAUGAGAGCUCAGGCAGCGGAUCAGGCUUGCCUCUUAUUGUACAAAGAACGAUAGCGAAACAGAUAACACUAGUAAGGAGCAUUGGGAAAGGCCGUUUUGGAGAGGUGUGGAAAGGGAAAUGGCGAGGGGAAAAUGUUGCCGUGAAGAUAUUUUUCACAACCGAGGAGCAGAGUUGGUUUCGGGAGACUGAACUGUAUCAGACGGUUCUGCUUCGCCAUGACAAUAUUCUAGGAUUUAUCGCAGCAGACAUAAAGGGCACAGGGUCGUGGACACAACUGUAUCUGAUCACCGAUUACCAUGAGAAUGGUUCCUUGUACGACUACCUGCAUCUUCACGCACUAGAUACCUCCGAGAUGCUCUACCUGGCCCAUUCUGCUUCUUGUGGCCUGUCUCACUUACAUGUAGAGAUAUUUGGCACUAGAGGAAAACCAGCGAUUGCUCACAGGGACAUCAAAAGCAAAAAUAUAUUAGUACGCAAAAAUGGAACUUGCUGCAUAGCAGACUUGGGAUUGGCUGUCAGAUAUGUGAGUGAGACCAAUGAAGUAGAUGUGGCAUCCAACACUCGCUGCGGCACCAGGCGGUACAUGUCCCCAGAGGUGCUGGACGAGACCAUGAACAAGAACCACUUUGACUCCUACAAGCAAGCAGACAUGUAUUCUUUUGGUCUGGUCCUGUGGGAGAUUGCCAGGAGGUGUGUCAUUGGAGGAAUAGUCCAUGAUGCAGAGCUACCAUAUUAUGAUUAUGUCCCACAAGAUCCCAGCAUUGAGGACAUGAGGAAGAUUGUUUGUAUAGAGAGAAUACGGCCAACGAUCCCAGAUGUCUGGUACCAUGAUGAGUACCUGAAAGUGAUGUGCCGUGUGAUGUCUGAGUGCUGGAACCCCAGCCCUGCUGCCAGAUUGACUUGUCUGAGGAUCAAGAAAACCCUGGGAAGGCUUGUAGAAAGCAUUGAGUCAACUACCAAGCCACCCAAACAUCAGUGA